GUGGCCGACGCCGUCAGCAAUGGAGUUUUCACCGACACGAAACAAUUUAAAUGCUACGUAAGCUGCCUGCUCGAAAUCAUGCAGGUUGCGCGCAGGGGCAAGGUGAACUAUGAAAAGUCACUCCGGCAAAUCGACACCAUGCUUCCGGAUGAUUUAAAGUCUGACUUCCGGACCGGACUAGAGGCGUGCAAGAAUGCUGCGAAGGACAUCAAGGACCAUUGUGAGGCUUCGUACGUUUUGGUGCAAUGCUUCUACAAAAAUAAUCCUAAAUUCAUUUUCCCAUAAAGAUUACUGAUCAUUUAAUAACGAUUUUUGUGUUAUGUGGAACUUGGCCAAAAUGCCAGCGUUUGAAAAAUUCACAUUUCAAAACAUCAUU